CACUGUCUGCCAAGUUCCCUCCGGAUGUUUUCCGCAGAGGUGCAGCGUUGGUGCAUGGGGACCCUGGGUGGCGGUCAUGUACAGAAGAGCGAUAUUAUCUCUUUAUCAGCGCAGAAGCGCCUUAAGUCUCUCUCAGGACCCCCGACUCAGCCCCCCACCAUGUAAAUACCUGGCCUGUGUCCCCGUUUUCAGGGCUGCGGUCCAGGUGAGCCGGAGAGCGUUUGGGAGCGCUGGGGUCCAGCUCUGUGAAAAGAAAGAAGGAGCAACUGCUUCUCCUGCAGAGGAGAUAAAGAAAGGUGAAGAGAGGACAGAGGAGCUGCAGAAGGAGUCCAAGAAGAGAGAUGCAGCGUCUAAAACAGAGAAGGAGCUGAAGGACAAGCUUGAAAACAAAUCAGACCAAGAGGCAGAAACUGUACAAACUGAAAACACAGUAAAAGCAAAAGCUCAGAGUCCAGAUUUAAGAACAGAAACUGAAUCUGAUUCAGAUUCUGAUUCAGAUUCUGAUUCUGAAGCUGUGAGUCAGGCUGGAGGUAAAACAGAAGAGAAAAAGAUCACAGAGUCGGCAGAACAACGGAAAUCAACACCAGAAUCACCAGAGAAAGCUGAAGAUAAUGAGAAGACGGGUAAGAAGGGUCUCCUGGAGCUGCUGGGGGCCAUGAAGGUGGAGGUGACCACCAAGCGCAAACUCAAAGCCCCCAAGAUCCAGCGGAGUGGGCAGGACGCUCCACCCAGGCCUGGGGAGAUGGAGAGCACCACCAGCAUGUUCCAGCAGGCCACCAGCGAGGCGGCGUCACAGAGUGAGACUCUGAGUCCAGAGCUCGUUGCGGCUGCUUCCGCGGCUGCGUCCACUCUGCCGGACAGCACUCAGGCCAAAUCCGAGCUCCUCCGGCAGCUUCGGAAACAUGAAGCCAUCUCACAGGAGCAGAGAAAAGGAGAGACGCACGACAUCGGGAACAUAAUUGCUGAUAUGAAGGUGGGAAGGAGGCUGAACGGCCGGCCGAACGCCAGACCAGCCAAUCAGAUUCGCUUUGAUGAAGAUGGACGAGGAUACACGCACGACCGCGGCAUCACCGGCGAGCUGGACGGAGUCCGCAGGAGGAAGAAUCCUUUUUUCACUAAAAGGCUGAACAUCUUCCCUGCCAUUGCAGAACAGGAGACGGACACUGAUCUGGCCGCUGGUCCCACGCUUUGGGACGCCGAUCUGGCCAAUCAGAUCGUCCAAGUGGUGAACCAGCGGCCCCGGAAUGGCUUUGAGGAGAUGAUUCAGUGGACCAGAGAAGGAAAGCUGUGGCAGUAUCCCAUCAACAAUGAAGCAGGUAUGGAGGAAGAGGCCAGUGUGCCGUUCCAUGAACACGUGUUCCUGGAGCGCCACCUGGAGGACGGUUUCCCCCAGGAGGGCCCCAUCAGACACUUUAUGGAGCUGGUGGUCACUGGCCUGGGCAAGAACCCCCACCUGUCCGUCAGACAGAAGCUGGAGCACAUCGCCUGGUUCAGAGAGUAUUUCCAGCAGAAGCAGGACGUUCUGAACGAGGCUGAGACGUACUGAGCCGCUUACUCAGCACAGCAACACGAAAUACAUGUAAUAUAUUUGUCGAAUGUAAGAUGUUGAUUACAUCCACUGUGUGGUCUCUGCAUUGAAUCAUGUCAUUUUGUCACAGAGCUUCAUUUGUUUUUGGUUUAAUGCAAAGUGUUUUGCUUGUCUGUCCUAUAACAUAAUAAAUAUUGGAAUAGAAAAGACUGACUUUAGGUUUUUUUUAGUGUGUCAAACUGAAUUUAGGCAUAUCUGCAUUUUCUUUGGUUCAGAAAAGGAGAGCAUGACACUAAAAAUACACAAAAGUUCCAGUUCUUUAAUGGAAACCUCUAUAAACAAUGUACAUAAUUAUGUGAAGGUCUGUACAAAGAGCUUUAAAGAGUAAUAUAUAUUUAUAUGCAUAACUAACUCAGGGAGCUCACUAAACACUUAUCUGCCGUUUCAAACAUUAACUUCAACCAUAAUGCAACAGAGCCCCCCGCCCCCCUUCAACACACCUGAUAAGGCUGCUAUCUUACAAACAGAGCUGGAACACCUCAGCAAGGCUGAUAUGUUAUCUUACUAACUGACAAGUUUAGAAAAUGGGUGAAAAAAAA